CUAACCCAUUCAGCUGUGGUGAUAUUCUGCAUUGCAUAAGAACAGGACACAGGAGAAGAAAGUUUAACAUUUUUACUUAAGCAAUAAAAAAAAAAAAUAGAUUCGCAAAAGUGAUGUUUAUCAAAAGUAAUUUUUGAAUUUGUUUCUAUACUUCAAUAUCCAUCAUUUUUACACAGUGCACACAAUGCCCCUGCCUCUUAAAGCCCUGAAAAACAGUGCCGGUACCUUUUUCAUUAAGAAUUACAGCUUCAUUCUCUACUAUAAAGCAGCAGUGUUCAAAGCCCAGUGUGUUCAUCUUUUUGCUCGUGGACGUCCGACCUCAAGGGGCUGAACAGAAGAAAAUAUUUCCACGUCCAAGAAGGCUCCGAGUCACACCCACCUAUGAACCAAUGGUAGUUCGAAGGUGUUCACCAGCAAUAGUAAACGGUUCCAGAAAGUUUGCCUUUGCAAGCUGUUUCAAACUCCUGAAACAAACACAACACAAACUUGGUUUUGGCCUGAUUUUGUUCAAAAUUAUGUCGCACCAGGUUGUUCUUCGAUUUUGUUUGAAGUGAAUGGGGGUCUUACUCAUGUUUUCUCUCAACAUGGGCUCAGGAGAGGUGUCAGUUUUUGAAAAAGAAACUCAGAUAUUUUGGAGUAAAUUUAAAAGCAAUGCGUUACUUUACCCCCAACACUGAUUAUUUAUUUUACUUAUUUUUUAAUUAUUUAUUUUUUUAAACCAAUUUUCCACGGACUCCCUAGCACUCCCUGGUGGCCCCCUUAAAAAACCCUUGCUCCACAGUACAAAACAUUGCAUUUCAAUAUCACCACAUUCAGGCUUCCAUUUGCAAGUUUUCAUUAUGCAUUCACCUUUUAAUUAGCUGCAUAAAAUAAGAAAGAAAAGAAAAAAACAUACAUUUAAAUAAACCAGUAAUAAUGGUUGACUCCAUCGUUUCAAAAGUGGUUCAUGCAUUCAUUAAAUACUAUAUUAUUGUUUGUGUCCAGAACAUUUUAAAAAUAAAUGUGGUUACUUCCAGGUCCUUUCCUGCUGCCUGCCCGUAUAAUGCCCCAGUGUUGGCAGUGCCCACUUUGAAUAUGAUGGCUGCCCAGUCUGUGUCCAUAGACAAAUAUCAAGAGGGAGACCAGCAGAUGGAGGUAAUGGAGCAGCCGGAGAGUGACCUUGAAAAGGGCUUUGCCAAUGGAAGCACCGGAAGCUCCAGCAGUCCUGUGUCCUCUGAACCACAAACACAGAUGGAUGUCGACAAAGCCUGUAUAUAUAGACAUCCUCUAUUCCCUCUCUUGGCUCUGCUGUUUGAGAAGUGUGAGCAGUCGACUCAGGGCUCUGACUGUGUGACAUCUGCAAGUUUUGACGUUGACAUUGAGAACUUUGUCCGCAGUCAAGAGAAAGAGGGCAAAGCUUUCUUUAGUGAAGACCCUGACCUCGACAACUUGAUGGUCAAAGCCAUCCAGGUGCUGAGGAUUCAUCUGUUAGAGCUAGAGAAAGUGAGUGACCUGUGCAAGGACUUCUGCAGCCGUUACAUUUCCUGCCUCAAGAGCAAGAUGAACAGCGAGACACUACUGAGUGGAGAACCUGGCAGCCCGUACUCUCCAGUCCAUGACCAGCUGGUCAACUCUUUUUCUAGUGCCCUCAGCCCCCAAGGCCUUGUGGUGCCCUCACCAGGUCCUCAACAAGGCAAUGUUACAGUGACAGCAGUCAAUCCAUCACAAGUCGUCCCAGGUAAUACAAUAUAUCAGCCAGUGACUAUGGUCACACCACAGGGACAAGUGGUGACACAAGCCAUCUCACCUGGAACAUUACAUAUGCAGAACUCACAGUUCCAACUUCAGUUCAAUCAGGACUUGAGUUUCUUCGGAGGAGACGACAGCUCGCCUAAAAACAAGCGUGGUGUUCUCCCCAAACAAGCUACCAACGUCAUGCGCUCCUGGCUCUUCCAGCACAUUGCGCACCCCUAUCCCACUGAAGAAGAGAAAAAGCAAAUUGCAACUCAAACAAACCUGACUUUACUCCAAGUCAACAACUGGUUUAUUAAUGCUCGAAGACGGAUCUUGCAGCCAAUGCUGGAUGCCAACUCGACAGAGUCAGCUAAAACCAAGAAGAAAGCUCAGAGCCGGCCUCUUCACCGCUUCUGGUCCGACACCAUCGCCUCGACUGGAACCCAGCAGCAGCUCACAAUGCCAGACGGUAGUGUGGUUACAGUGGGAAUGAAUGUAGACGGCUUCCAGGCACUUUCAUCAGACGGAGCGACCCUUGCCAUGCAGCAAGUCCUGAUGGGAAAUCACAGCGAGGAUGAAACGGAAGAAAGCUGCAAUGAAGACGACACAGAUUUGUCUUCUGCCAACAUGACCGGGCUGGGUUUAGACGUUAGUGACUAAGCCACGUGGAUUGCAGGUCACACACUGCAUGCUUACAUUUACAUCGUAAAACUUGCACAUGCCGCUUGUUGCAAGAGAUCCAGUCCCCUCGUAGAUUUUCAGCAAAGCUGAUACUUGUGCACUACAGAAAAAUUAGGAGUACUGUACGUUGGCCUAUACGUUACACAAACCGUUUACAGAGAGCACAGCGUUACUGAGAGGUGCAGUGUGUGAGGAGUUGUGUUUCAUGUGCAGGUGUGUGCACUUUUAUACAGAUACACUUCUAGAAAAUUGCAAAAAUGGAACACAGGAAAGAUUUUAAGCUUCUUUAGUGAAUGUUUGGUAAUGAUUUUGUUGUCUAUUAACUCAUUUGAAUGCCAAGAAUUUAAGAGUUUGUCGUUGUGCUGGUUUUAUUCACACUGCAUGUUCAUGUUUUCUUCAGUAUGCUCACGCUUGUAGAGAGCCUCCGUGGCGGAGAAAAGAGAUUAUUUUUAUAUAUGAAUGUUGUAAAAUAAAAAAGGUGUUUUUUCUUUUUUUUUUUUUUUUUUUUUUAGUUUGUGUUUUAUAGGGAAUAUUUAUGUACAGAAACUAUACUCCUAUGCCCUGUUUUCAGGGGAUUACUUGCAUUUUUUUAGAAAAAAAAUUGAAAAAUGAUUUAUAAUUAUGUAAAUUGGUUUUAUCGCUCACUUACAAAAUGCCUUACGUGUUCUUUUGUAAAACUAUUACGCUGAUAAGCACAGAAAGCCUGAUAUAUUGACUAAAUUGAGUAAUAUCAGAAAUCAAAGUCUCUUCCAGUAAUCUUUCCGUGUGCUGAAGAUGUUCCUUCGUUUCAGAGGGACUCGUUGUUUUUGCUCUACAGGCGAACGUAGUGUACAAAGCUUCCCAUAUCGGUCAGUUUUAUGAAAUAUGCUUUGGAAAUGAAGAUGGCAUAAAAUGUCCAUAUUAAAGUCAAAUAAAGGUCAAGUCUGAAUAUUUUGUCACCAUUUUACAUUAAAUGUUGUGAAUUGUGUACUGUUUUUGAACAAUUAUUUAAUUACUGUAAACACUACAAUAGUAUAACAUUAAAGUUUUACAAAGAUUUGCAAAUAUGAAAAUACUUUCUGCAUGGAUGGGGCCUUUGUCCCUUUUUGUCCGUAUUUAUUGCAUUAGACAAAAGCACAUUGUCAUGUUCUGUCUCGGGAAACACUCGUGUAAGUAAUUACUCAUGACACAACAGAGCAUUGUUUGACAGGUAUUUCUUAAAACAAUAGCAAGUACUGUAUAAGACUACUUACACCAAAUAAAACUUUUCCAGAUUUGAGUGCAUGUAAUAUAAAA